CAACAAACUGGUCACCAUCUACUUCUCAUUCUUCAAGGUGUAUGUACAGAAGAAAGAAAAGGACACUAAAAUGUUGAGUGCACUACUGACUGGUGUCAACAGGGCUUUCCCUUAUGCCAACGUUAAAGAUGAGAAGGUUGAUACUCAGAUCAAUGAGCUGUUCAAAGUGGUACAUGCUGUGAACUUCAACAUCAGUGUACAGGCACUGAUGCUUCUCUACCAGGUCAUGGAUUCCAGACAGGCAGUGUCAGACAGGUACUACACAGCCCUGUACAGGAAACUGUCUGACCCUGAACUGAAGCACUCGUCCAGACAGGCCAUGUUCCUCAACCUGCUCUACAAGUCUGUCAAGUCUGACGUCACCUUCAGGAGAGUCAAGGCCUUCAUAAAGAGAAUACUACAAGUCUGCUGUGGUCAGCAGCCAUCCUUUGUAUGUGGUGCUUUGUUCUUAGUAUCAGAGAUUGCAAAAGUCCAUCCAGGGCUGAGAACAGUCACCCUGGCCACAGAGGAGUCAGAUGAUGAGGAACAUUUUGAGGAUGUGGAGUUACCAGAUGAGGAGGCUGCUGUAGAAGAUGGAGACCAAGAUGUAGAGAAAACAGAAAAUCCAGAAGAGCAGAAAGAGGAGGUCACAGUACCAUCUCAACCUAGUGCAUCAUGGGUACACAGACUAGGUCAGUCAUACUGCUGCUUUGACUUUGGUGGGCUGAUCCAUUAUAAAAAUAAGGGGGUGAAGGACAAUUGA